CCUGGCAGUUCUCUUGCUGUGCACUGACUGAAAUCAUCAUGUGUGCGCGCGCAGAGAUUUGUUUCAGAAACAAGCGAAUCCCUCCGCACUGUUUUAUUACAGUUGUCACACACAACAUCAAGUGUUGCGCACGUCGGAACGCAUGUGAAAGGUUAUUGAAGGUUGGGUUUUUCCUGGGAAACUACUAGGAUAACCAAGGAAAUGAAACGAAAAUCGAAACGCCGCCAUGAGCCCCGUCACUCCGUCACACACUCGGAGGAUGAAGGCUCCUCUGUGUAACACUCCUACACUCCUUGCCGCAGAGACACAACACCACAGACCACUGCAGUAGCGGGACCGCGUCGCGAUGGCACCUUAAACACCUCAUGGGCACAUUUUGAGUGCGGCGCGGGGCGCUGUCGCCAUGGAGUACGAGGAGGGCGAUCCGAGCGGACUGGAGCUGCUUCUGGCGCACAUGAACAUUGAGGACAUCAUCGACGUGGUAGAGACGUUCUACCCCUCCGUGGAACCCGGGCCCUCCUCGUUCGAAGAGACCCUGUCCCUGUCGCAGGAGGACAUGGAGGAGGAAGACGAGGAGGAGACGCCGGCGGAGAUGCAGAUGAUGGGCUCCUCCGCGGGGGACGGGGCGCCCCUCAAGAAGGGCGCCGUCACGUACGGCACCGUGGAGGACCUGCUGUCGUUCGUUAACCUCGUCUGCACCUCGCGGGAGGUAGCGCACGUGCAGCAGCCGCGCGAGGAGAUGGGGGUGCUGCUCAACAAGAAAGACAUGAUUAUCAAGAAUGGGCAUUACCGAGUUGACCUGGAAGUUUUCCUGUUUCCAUGGAAGCUGACCUACAGGAGCCAUGGCUCUGGCCACGUACCCAAAGGCUCUUUUGGGAAAGUCCACCUGGCCCAAGACAGAGAAACCAGGAAACGUAUGGCAUGCAAGCUGAUUUCUCUGGAGCAUUUCAAACCGGCUGACGUGGAGUUCCAGGCCAAGUUCCGACACGAGAACAUCGCAGAACUGUACGGUGCCUUGCUGUGGGACCAGACCGUUCACUUGUUCAUGGAAGCGGGCGAGGGUGGCUCUGUCAUGGAGAAGCUGGAGAGCUGUGGACCCAUGCGGGAGUUUGAGAUCAUCUGGGUGACCAAGCAGGUCCUCCGAGGAUUGGAGUAUUUGCACUCGAAAAAUGUCAUCCACCAUGACGUUAAACCCAGCAACAUUGUCCUGAUGUCGGCAAAAGCUGUUCUUGUGGACUUUGGGCUCUCAGUGCAAAUGACAGAAGAGGUAUACACACCCAGAGACCUGCGUGGGACAGAGAUGUACAUGAGUCCAGAGGUGGUACUCUGCAGGGGCCAUGACACCAAGGCUGACAUCUAUAGCCUGGGCACUACCAUCAUACACAUGCAGACUGGAUACCCACCUUGGGUCAGGAGAUACCCACGGUCUGCCUACCCCUCCUACCUCUACAUUAUUCACAAGCAGGCCCCGCCCUUAGAAGACGUCGCAGAGGACUGCAGCACGGCCAUGCGCAGCUUCCUGGAGCACGCCCUAGAUCGGAGCCCGCAGCGCCGCAGCUCGGCGGCCGAACUGCUGCGGGACGAGGCCCUCUAUCCCCCCCGCGAGGAGCAACCGCGAUGCUGGAGCCUUGACUCGGCCCUGGGUGACACGUCCAACGUCCUUCUGCGCCAGCACAGCCAGCUGCCUGACACUCUGCAGGAUUCUUCCAUGUACAGCAACGAGGACUCGGUACACCUGAAAAGGAGGGGCUCCCUGUACGUUGACCUUGGUGCCCUCGCUGGGUACUACAACAUCAUGCGGGGGCCCCCAGGCUCUGAAUAUGACUAACAUAGUGGAGCUCCUCAGGCUUCCGUCUCUUGGGGAUGUCACGGAUGGGAACAACCACCACUGAGGCCUGCUCCUUUAGCGUGAGGCCGCUUGGCACAAGUCCCACGCAUCCUUUCCCUCGCCGGAACAGACGUCGUUGCUGCUCGCCAAGUGAGGGACCCCAGGCAGUCAUCGGAUGCUCACGAGGACCAUGUUCGCAACGCUCAGGAGAGCUUGUGGAGCACCUUCACAGUGCCAUUGAAAACUUCUCAGAACAUGUAGUGGUUUCCACCGUGAACCAUAUGCAUAAUCUGCAACCUGGUUUCUUACAGAAAUAGCUCAUAUGGCCAAGCAGGUCUGGUGUUGCUGUCAUGUAUAUACAGUAUAUAUGCAUAUAUAUAUUUUUAAUGAAUCGUAUAAGUCUUUGUGAAAAGCAGUACAGAAAACACAGCUACGGCCAGUUUGUGCUUCUUUUAUUUUGUUCCUAUGGAAACGUUGAAGUAAUUGCCAUGCAAAUAACCCUUCCUUUAGUCAAGAAAUGCCUUACUUUUUAAAAUACCAGGGACUGUUGCCAUUUUAAUGUUCUGUGUACAUCCAGUGAGAUGUGAAGUGUACAGAAAUCACAUGUGAGCGCAUUUUACUUUAAAGGCGCCCUUUUCGAACUGACCUCACCUCCGCUGGCCUUGAGGAUCUGGGUGAUGC